GGCGGCCGCCGCGGAGCCCUCGGAGGCGUGCGUGCGUGUGUGCGAGUCCGCGCCAGCCAGCGUGAGUGUGUGCGCCCCGGGCGCGGGCUGGGCGGCACUCCGACCGCGGCGGGAGACCGGCGGCCGCGUCGUCACUCGGGCGAGAGAGGCGGCGGCGGCAGCAGCGGCCGGGCCGGGGCCGGGGCUGGGUAGCGGCGGCCGCGCCGGGCAUGGAGCUGGCAAGCCCGCGCUGAGGCAGGACGCGUCUGCUAGCGGCGAGGGAGAGCCUCCCGCUGUCCGGCGUGCGGGCUCCCCGGCCAGUGCCCCGCAAACUUUUCUUUCUCGUUUGCCCUUUCCAGAGGCGCCUUCUGCGGCGGGCGGACCCACUCCUCGGCGCGGCGGGGCCGGGGCAAGCUGGACGCAGCAUGAUGCGCGCCGUGUGGGAGGCGCUGGCGGCGCUGGCGACCGUGGCGUGCCUGGUGGGCGCGGUGCGCGGCGGGCCCGGGCUCAGCAUGUUCGCGGGCCAGGCGGCGCAGCCCGACCCCUGCUCGGACGAGAACGGCCACCCCCGCCGCUGCAUCCCUGACUUUGUCAACGCGGCCUUCGGCAAGGACGUGCGCGUGUCCAGCACCUGCGGCCGGCCCCCGGCGCGCUACUGCGUGGUGAGCGAGCGCGGCGAAGAGCGGCUGCGCUCCUGCCACCUCUGCAACGCGUCGGAUCCCAAGAAGGCGCACCCGCCCGCCUUCCUCACCGACCUCAACAACCCGCACAACCUGACGUGCUGGCAGUCCGAGAACUACCUGCAGUUCCCGCACAACGUCACGCUCACGCUGUCGCUGGGCAAGAAGUUCGAGGUGACUUACGUGAGCCUCCAGUUCUGCUCGCCACGGCCCGAGUCCAUGGCCAUCUACAAGUCCAUGGACUACGGGCGCACGUGGGUGCCCUUCCAGUACUACUCCACGCAGUGCCGCAAGAUGUACAACCGGCCGCACCGCGCGCCCAUCACCAAGCAGAACGAGCAGGAGGCCGUCUGCACGGACUCGCACACGGACAUGCGCCCGCUCUCCGGCGGCCUCAUCGCCUUCAGCACGCUGGACGGGCGGCCCUCGGCGCACGACUUCGACAACUCGCCGGUGCUGCAGGACUGGGUCACGGCCACCGACAUCCGAGUGGCUUUCAGCCGCCUGCACACGUUCGGCGACGAGAACGAGGACGACUCGGAGCUGGCGCGGGACUCCUACUUCUAUGCAGUGUCCGACCUACAGGUGGGCGGCCGCUGCAAGUGCAACGGACACGCGGCCCGCUGCGUGCGCGACCGCGACGACAGCCUGGUGUGCGAUUGCAGGCACAACACGGCGGGUCCCGAGUGCGACCGCUGCAAGCCCUUCCACUACGAUCGGCCCUGGCAACGCGCCACCGCCCGCGAGGCCAACGAGUGCGUGGCCUGCAGCUGCAACCUGCACGCCCGGCGCUGCCGCUUCAACAUGGAGCUCUACAAGCUGUCGGGACGCAAGAGCGGGGGCGUCUGCCUCAACUGCCGCCACAACACGGCCGGCCGCCACUGCCACUACUGCAAGGAGGGCUACUACCGCGACAUGGGCAAGCCCAUCACCCACCGGAAGGCCUGCAAAGCCUGCGAUUGCCACCCCGUGGGCGCUGCUGGCAAAACCUGCAACCAAACCACCGGCCAGUGUCCCUGCAAGGACGGCGUGACCGGCAUCACCUGCAACCGCUGCGCCAAAGGCUACCAGCAGAGCCGCUCCCCCAUCGCCCCCUGCAUAAAGAUCCCCGUGGCACCACCCACCACUGCAGCCAGCAGCGUGGAGGAGCCGGAAGACUGUGAUUCCUACUGCAAGGCCUCCAAAGGGAAGCUGAAGAUUAACAUGAAAAAGUACUGCAAGAAGGACUAUGCCGUCCAGAUCCACAUCCUGAAGGCGGACAAGGCGGGGGACUGGUGGAAGUUCACCGUGAGCAUCAUCUCCGUGUACAAGCAGGGCGCGAGCCGCAUUCGGCGCGGUGACCAGAGCCUGUGGAUCCGCUCGCGGGACAUCGCUUGCAAGUGCCCCAAGAUCAAGCCCCUCAAGAAGUACCUGCUGCUGGGCAACGCGGAGGACUCGCCGGACCAGAGCGGCAUCGUGGCCGACAAGAGCAGCCUGGUGAUCCAGUGGCGGGACACGUGGGCGCGGCGGCUGCGCAAGUUCCAGCAGCGCGAGAAGAAGGGCAAGUGCAAGAAGGCCUAGCGCGGAGGCAGCGGGGCGGGCGGGCCUGGCGGCACCGCAGCUGCCCGGGGCCCAGAGGGCUUUCCCUCGCCCCACUCGGCGCGCCCCUGGCGGAGCCGCACGCGGGGAGGGGUGCAGGCCAGGCCAGGCCCUGGAGAAAUGAGGACGAGACUUAGCUACCUCACGGGCUCCUUCCCGAGCAGGGACGCGCUUCCCUGGGGCCAGGCGGGUCGCCGCGGUGGGGUCAGGGCAGCCCGAUCUGGGUCCCAGGGCCUGACACAGAACGCGCAGGUGGUGCCGCACCUGCGGCUGGCGUAGGGUUAUGGAGAAGGGGACGUGAGGAGGAGAACUGUGAAUUCUCAGGCCCCCAGUUGGGCCAGGGGCUGAGCGAGCCCGGCCAAACCAUCACCCAAACGUAAAAGACUGAAAAUCCCCCCCUUUUCCCUGACCCCUCUUUGUCACAGGACCCCCUGGUUGGGACAACUUGGGCCCCGUCUGAAGGGGCCAGACAGGCAUUUGGGGGCAGCAGGGUUCCUUCCCCAUGCAGGCGGUGGUCCGUUGCCACCUGCUGCACUGGUCCUCCCGGGUGGGGCGAAGCAGGAACCCUUGCUGGCCCCAACCCCACCCCCACCCCCACCCCCCGGGUUUAGGUGCAGCCCAGGAUUCUGGCCCAGGCAGAGGGCUGUGGACCCAAAGACACCCCUGAGAAGCUCGAGCCGGGUGGUCAUGCCUCACUGAGCUGCUUGCCCGAGGAGGCACUGGGAAGGCACAACCUCCCAGAGAGUUUCCUCUUUGGAAACUUGGAACCAGCCCCUUUAUGACAUUUUCCAGGGGAGGGGACGGGCUCGGGCUGGGUUUAUGGCAGUGACACUAUUUGUGUAAUGACAUCAGCUCCCACCAGGCCCCUCAGCAGUGUUUGCAGCUGGGAAGGGCCUGGAUGGGUAUGGAAUGCAGGCUGCAAAGGCGGUCACCCCGGCUGGGGGAAGGGGCUGGCUGAGUCAGGACCGGGUCUGUUGGCUCAGCAGGGCACAGUGUGCCCGCGCCACGGGCAGGCAAGGCCAGGAAUGACCAGGUUCGGGGAACCACGGGAACCAUGACCACUUCCUGCUGCUGCCCUCACUCCUGGCUCCAAGGGGCAGCAGCUGCUGGGCCGAGAAAGCCUGCUGAGCUACCCAGCUGCCUGCACCUGCCUUGGACUACCGCAGGCAGAGCCUUGCCUACCCUUCCCGGCUGUCCCCUUUGUGCCCUCCCCUUUCCAAAGCUCAGAGACACUGCCUUCAAGCAGGCAGCCCCCACAGGGCCUGUUCCUAUGCCCAGGGCCCACGGUCUCCCUUCCCGAGCUCUCGGCACCUGGCACAGAGUUAGCGGCCUGGCUUCCUCCUCACUCAGGACACUGGCUUCACUCUCCUUCGAGUUCGCCUGCUCAGAAGGGUCACACUGAGUGUGAAGGCCGCCCUGUGGUCCGGCCCGCGUCCGGGCUGCCGUGUAGCGAGCACCUGCCCUGUGCCUGGCACUUUACCCACACCCCCCCGUGGCCCUCACGACAGCCCCGUGAGACAGGGAUCCUUGCCCAUCUCACCAGUGGGGAAACGGAAGCACACGUGCCCAAGGCCACCAGGAAAAGCGGCAGAACUGGACUCGCAGUCCAGGGCCAGGCUUGCUGACCACGGCCCUGCUGCCCCGGCCCGCUGCGCACCAGCUCCCACAGCAGCUGCGAGGGGUGCUCCUGGGAGGUCGCCACGGAGACACGCCCUGGUGGCACCUGGCGAAUGGAGUGUGUGGGGUGGGUGCAGUGACAUCUUCAGAGGUGGAGCCGGGGUGGUGGGUGAGGCGCACAAACACAAUUUGUAGGUUAAAGGCUCUGAAAGGGGCCUUGGCUGAUCUAAGACACAGCAGAAAGGACAUUUGGCUGCCUGGUUGGGGGUGGGGGUGUGUCUGGGGUGUGUGUGUGGAGGAUUCCAGGAGAGACUGGUGGCAGAGGUGCCCCCGUCGGGGGGAGAGGACAGAAUGGCCCUGGGGAGGGAUAUUUGUCUUCCCUGACUCCAGGUCCAAGACGGGAGCAUAGGGACCGCUCUCCUAGCAGUGAGCCCUCUGACGCCAGCGCGGUUUGCCGAGUGCCAUUAGCACCUCGCAGGCCUUGGCGUUUUGCUGGCCCACAGUCCUGUAAAGGCACUCGCUGCUUGGGCUGGUCCUGUUCUGUUUACACCGGUCUGGCUUCUCUGCCUGCCUGUCCACAAGGGUGUGGCAGCCCCGCCACCUCCCCCCUGGGUCUGAGUCACCCAGGUCCAUCCGAAGGCCAGCACUGGUGGUCUCCGAGGCCCCCAGCUCUGGUGCCAGCAGCCUGCCAAGCAGUAAUACAUCUUGCUUUAAACUCAACCAGCCUCACCCUCCUGCUCUGCCCCUGAGGGCAAAGGCCACCCAAUCCACCCAGCAGCCUGGCCCCUGGGCCACGUGUCAGGGCGGCCGGAUUUGUCACCACAGGCCUCCGCACCUCACUGACCCAGCCGGAACCCAGCCCCCAACUUCAGCGGCGAGGACCCCUCCCAGAGGAAGCACCUCGUCCACCAGGAGGAGAUGAAUAGGAACUGAGGUGUGCCCGUUUGUACAGUUAGGAAGGGAUGUAAAAUGAACUAGAUUUUGAUUCUGAAGAGUGUAUUAACCAGAAUUGUGAUAUGUAGGUAUUUGAAGAAAAACACCAGAUUAGUCCUUUUUUGUUUUAAAAGAUUCCCCACUUGUCCUUUUUCUUACCUGCUGGGUGGUCUGGAGCCCCUGACAGCGGAGUGGCUGCUUUACUGAGCAUAUAGUAAAGAGGACGGGGUGGAGGGAGGAGGACACGGGCUGCCCGGACUCACCUGCAGCCCUGCUUCUGUCCCGAGCAGGGCGGGAGGCAGCCCCGCAGGUCCUGAGAAAUGGGCGGGAGGCUGUGAGCUGCCCCAGGCCCCCAGUGACCUGGAAUUCCGUCUCCACAGUAGCGCGCAGGAAAUGGGUAUCGACUUUCUUGGGUUGGCCCCAGGUUGGAAUGAGACCGAAAUCGAGAAGAUUCUGAGUGAUCAGGAAAUGAUCCCCCCAGGAAACUGAAAAACAUUGGGACCUCAAUGCUCAAAGGAAGCGCCCCUAUCACACCCCACGAGGGAGACAGAGUAGACCAACUAGACUCACCGGUGGGGUUCCUGGGCCACGGUUCACAGCCGCAGACAUGCCAUACCCAGGGGCAUCACAGUGUGUACUCUGAGGCCUCGCCUCUGCCACCCCAGCCAGCCCACUCCUCCUCAUUUGCCAUCCCCCCCCCCCCUCCUGGGUGCACUACCCCCCACCCCCUGCGUUCCGGAAUUCUGUUCACUCAGAAUGGUAAAUGUUUAGUUGUGACCAUGACAUUGGGUCAGUGCUCCUUUCCAAUGCAUACUAAUAUAUUAUGGUUAUUAUAUAUGAAUAUAUUUAAUGACAUGGAAAAAGUUGUGGAUUUUUUAAAGUUUUUUUUGUUUGUUUAGAGUUGUAAUGGACCCAGAUGGAACUUGUAACGUGGGCCCCACAUGAUAGAACUAAAUGCAGAUAUCAAUUAAAUAAACUCUUGUACACUGUU